AUGCCUAAAAGAAAAUCUCAACUGUCUAGACAUACAUCCCAGACACGAGCGGCUACAGUACGCAGACUUGGAGAGACUUCCUCUGAGCAUGAACAGCGCCUUGCGAAUGAGACAGAAUACAGAUCACGAGCGCGUGCUAGAGAGUCUAGCACCGACAGGUCUCAGCGACUGGCUUACUAUAGACAGUAUAUGUUAGAAACACGUGAUAGGGAGUCGAGCAUAGAGCGUUCCCAGCGGCUUGCCAGCCAAAGAGAAAUUGCCUCUGAAACUUGUGCUAGGGAGACCAGCGCUGAAAGAUCUCAGCGACUGGCUAAUCUUAGACAGAAUAUUUCAGAAAAACGUCAUAGGGAAUCCAGUAUCGAGCGUUCUCAGCGGCUUGCCAGCCAACGAGCAAUUACUUCCGAAAGUCGUGCUAGGGAGACCAGCGCCGAAAGAUCUCAGCGACUUGCUAACAAUAGACAAAAUAUGGCGGAAAUUCGUGCAAGGGAGUCUAGCACUGAACGUUCGCAAAGGCUCACUGCUGCGGCACAAAGACAACGAACAUCUAGAAUACGCAGUCGAAGUGCACCACACAUGUGGCCCAGCAACCCACCGGUCAAAGGGCAGCUCUUAGCGUCGGCCGUCAUUUCAAUCAUUAAGAAGUUCGGCGGCGGGUACAAAGCGGUGAUUGAUGCGCCCGUUUACCGGUCGCGGUGGCACCGACCGGUAAAAAACGCUUAA